AUGUGCUCGUCAUGGGCUGCUGUACACAUAUACUCUACACUUUACAACAACAAAUACCCAGGGUACUCUUUAAACAUAGAAGUGAGAGAGUGCUUAGAUCGUAUGAGAUUCAUGCUAGUUCAACAUGUUCAGUUAGCAUAUAAGCUUUUGAAGAUGUGGCCAUCCCUCGCUAUAGGAGCAAUUUUAAGAGACUUAGAGCACUCUGAUGAAUUUCUAAAAACAAUAACUCAAGAUCUUCCUUUCUCUUUAAAGGCAACUGACUUUUACAAGCAUGAAGUCAGCACCAUAAUGGGGCCCACCCACGCCAUGAUCAGUCUAGACAUCAUAGGGUUAUGGAAAACCAUGGGUCACCCGAUAGUGGACAUGGAUGAGACUACCAAGUCCUGGAUGAAUAAAGGACUCGUUAUGAAACAGGACCUAGGAGAAGCUGCAGAGGACAUCUGUAACAUGUUUAAGAAGGAGUUUUGCAGACAGUUUUAUAAGAGCCAUAACAAAUGGCCUGCCGUAUCACUAGGUUUCAAACUAAAUCCUCACAUCCGAACGUGUAUACUAGAGAAUGAGUGGGGGAGACAUCAACUCUAA